AUGUCAGUUCAACAGGAGCCGGUAACGGAGUGUGUUGUCAUUCUUGAUGCUGGUUCUCAAUACGGUAAGGUGAUUGACAGGAAGGUGCGGGAACUUCGCGUCGAGUCUCGAGUGAUGCCACUGGAUACCCCCACUGAUAUCCUUCGUAGUGAUCCCUCAAUUAAGGGAAUUAUCAUCAGUGGUGGGCCGAGUUCCAUCAGUGACGCCGAUGCGCCAUCGUAUAACACGGACCUCUUCUCAGUUGGAAAACCUUUGCUGGGUAUUUGUUAUGGCGUGCAGUUGCUCACGCGAGCAUUCGGUGGUAAAGUUGGUUGUGCGGGAGUACGGGAGGAUGGCCAAGAUGAGAUAACCGUUGAUACCAACUCACCCAUUUUCCAUGGUCUUUCAAAUAAAGAAAAGGUGCUUCUCACGCAUGGCGACUCCAUCACAGAAGCGGGGCCGCAUCUGAAGGUGACGGCGCGAAGUAGCGCACACAUCAUCGCCGCGGUCCAACAUGAGAGUCUUCCGCUGUUUGGUGUACAGUUCCACCCCGAGGUGGAGCUUACAGAGAACGGAGUUCAAAUUUUGAAAAACUUUUUAACAUUUUGUGGCUGUAAAUUUACAUUUACAAUGGAGGAUAGGGAGGAGAAGGCCCUGCGCCUGAUUCGUGAGCGCACUACUCAGGGUCAAAAAGUUUUGUGUCUCGCUUCAGGGGGUGUAGACAGUACAGUUUGUGCUGUGCUGCUGCUGAAAGCGCUUGGACCGGAGCGAGUGGUAUGCAUACACAUUGACCAUGGAUUUAUGCGGCUUAAUGAAAGCCAAGAGGUUGUGGCGGCGCUGAGAGCCGCUGGUGUUAACGUAACGCUGAUUGAUGCAACCAAACAAUUUUCUGAAGCAACGACGGAAUUCCCAGCGAAGCGUGGCAAAGGGGCGUACCAAACGGGAAAACUCUGUGAGGCGAUAGACCCUGAGGAGAAGCGUGUCAUCAUUGGUAACACAUUCAUGUCUGUGUGUGAUGCAGCGGUGAAGGAUCUUAAUUUGGACGUGAAUAACCUGUUACUCGCUCAAGGAACCUUGAGACCUGACUUGAUCGAGUCGGGUUCGGCCUACGCCAGUAAGGUGGCGGAUGCAAUAAAAACGCACCACAAUGAUACGGCAGUUGUGCGGCAACUGAGAGCGGAGGGUCGAAUCAUCGAGCCACUUUGCGACUACCAUAAGGAUGAGGUGCGGGAACUGGGUACUCGACUCGGCAUUCCAACUCACUUAGUGCAGCGCCAACCUUUUCCCGGGCCCGGUUUGGCUAUUCGUGUUUUAUGCAGCGACGGAUCACUCUUUAAGGACGAGCACUACGCUCGAACAGAAGAAAACGUUCGGGCCGUGUGCGCUGGUGAUGAGCGUUUCGAACUGUUAAAGCCACUCUGCAAGGAAUUGCGUAGCCUCCAACCUGCAAGCUGCAUUUUACCAAUCCGAACGGUGGGCGUGCAGGGCGACGGCAGGACAUAUGCCUACGCUGCGGCACUUUCCAUCGGUCGCCUCCCAAAUAAAGAAGAGUGGAACUCCCUUGGGCGUCUUGCAUUGGUUAUUCCAAAGUUAACGUCAAAUGUUAACCGUAUCGUGUUUAUGUUUGGACCUAAACGAGCUGAGGCACCGUUGAAAGCGACCAAGUCAUCUCUUGUCCCUGAGGUGCUGGACAAACUUCGGCUUGCGGAUGACACCGUUAACCGUGCCUUAAUUAAAUAUGGACUUGUGAGGCGGCUCAGCCAAGUGCCUGUGGUACUAUUACCCAUAGGUUUUGAGGAAAAGGGUCCCUUCAGUGUUGUGAUAAGGCCUUUUAUUACAAAUGAUUUCAUGACUGGUGUCCCAGCGGCUCCGGGAUCAGCCGAUAUGCCAUUGGAAGCUCUUAAGGAAAUUGUAGAGACUUUGCAGGGAUUUGACUUCAUAUCACGCGUUAUGUAUGAUCUCACGGGGAAACCGCCGGGGACGACGGAAUGGGAAUAA